AAUUCGGGUGUCCAUUGUAAACACACGCAAUUGUAAAACGGUUAAUCAAGAGGGGACUAAACAAUCCAAAAUUCCGGUGCCGCACUCGUAUAAUUCAGGUUUGGGCCGUCGACAAUAAAACGACGUCGGAAUGGCAGAGUAUUUGGCCUCGAUUUUCGGUACCGAAAAGGACAAGGUGAACUGUUCCUUUUACUAUAAAAUCGGGGCGUGCAGACACGGCGAUCGUUGCUCCAGGAUCCAUAACAAACCGACAUUCUCACAAACAUGCCUGCUACAGAACCUCUACAUCAACCCGCAGAACUCGGCCAAAUCGGCCGAUGGAAGCCACUUGGUGUCCAACGUUUCGGAUGAAGAAAUGCAAAAGCACUAUGACAACUUCUUCGAGGACAUUUUCGUUGAAUGUGAGGACAAAUAUGGGGAAAUUGAGGAGAUGAAUGUGUGUGAUAAUUUGGGCGACCACAUUGUCGGCAAUGUGUACAUUAAGUUUCGACGUGAGGAAGAUGCAGAAAGGGCUGUGAACGAUAUCAACAAUCGUUGGUUCGGUGGGAGGCCAGUUUAUGCUGAACUAAGUCCGGUGACUGAUUUUAGGGAGGCUUGUUGUCGCCAGUAUGAAAUGGGGGAAUGUACGAGGUCAGGCUUCUGUAACUUCUUGCAUUUAAAGCCCAUUUCAAGAGAAUUACACAGGUAUUUGUAUCCGAGGAGGAGGUUCGGCGCAGGAGGCGGCGGAGGCGGCGGCCGACGACGUUCUCGCUCGUGGUCGCCGAGGAGGAGGUCCCGAUCGAGGGACAGACGCGGCAGGUCCCGGUCUCCGGCCCAUCGUUCCGGGAGGAGCGGUCGCUAUUAGUGCGGACACCGGUUGCGUAAAUGAUUCUAUAUUUUUAUAUCAUUUAUUCCUUUUUAAAAAAAUUCCUUUAUACCUUAAUCAGUCGGGAGACAAUUAAUUAUACGUUUUAUGUAUUGGAAAUUGUAUUUUCAUUAAUUUAUUUCCGCAUCCUAUUUUGGUACUUGCAAUCGAUUAUGUAUGCAUAAAAAUAAAGCGACAGACGACCUGUUGGAAUGUAUUUGUUUAGAUUAAAUAAAAUUUUUAAUGUG